CACUUCUUUCUCCCUUCUACUUUGUACGUCUUCACUACAUGCGACCUCGCCUCAUUACCAACCAACCCUUGCUUGUAAAUCACUCCGCAGCCAACCAUUGGCCGCUCUCCACCGGUGCCUGUACGAUACAGCAGUGCCCGUUGCGUCCUUGGGCCGCCAUCCCGACAUCACCGGCCUUAUCGGACGACGCUCAUCACCCAACCCGGGCGGCUGAUGGGGCACACUGCCGAUGUCGCCGCACCCCUGGCCAGGGCCUGCCAUAGCCCAAUGCCGUUCGUCAAAUGGCCAGUCGAGGUGCCACGCCGCCUGACGUGGCAGGCAGAGCCGCAGGGUCGCUGCCUGAGCACCUAGGGGGCAGGCAAGCAGAGUGCUGAUAAUUAAAGCAGUGAUCCCCCCUUGUGACGGGAGCUACAGCACUCGGCCGCCGCCGACGAACCACGGCAGUCUCUGGGGCCGGAACCCCUGCCGGGGAGGCGGGCGCUGCAGAUUCCACAUGGCUUCGAUGCUGGGGACCCGUCCUGUCAGCAGCAUCUGGCGCCACCUGCUGGUGCGGGAGGGUGGGACCACUUGCAGUGCCAUGGUCGCUCGAGAUGACAUGAGACGGACGAGCUCCCUACAAAAGUAUCAACGUACAGACGAGCCCUCCUCGGGAGCCCAGCAAGCCGUGUAACCCGCGACUCUCCCGACCAGGCCCGAACGGUUCAUGGCACCGCAGCCUCGUCACGCUCGAGUUCUCGACCAUGUCCGUCACCGUCGCGGACCCGUGCGUCGCCGUCGUAUGUGGCGCCCGACUGGCCGGGUGCCCUUGUCCUGGGCCGUCCGUCGAGGCAUCGAGACAUGCCACGGCUGCUGUCACCUUCGGGCCGGGCUUUCGUUUCAACAUAGAAGCAGACGCCUGCUCCCUCUCCACGACGGCUCUCGCUCCUUUGGACGUUGCGCUUUUCCCUUUGACGCCUUGUCGCAGAACCGGCUAGAUGGGUCUCCCGGGGCCAACUCUGAGGCUCCUCAGGUUUGACCCUCCAUCUCGACUCCUGCCCAGCCUCGGAACCUGCCACUACCGUGGCUAUGUCGCGCAGCACCGCUAUACCCGACGUGAAGUGUGGCCCAAGCCGCCGGGGCAUCCUGACUGUCGGCGUAGCAGACGUCCCUUCGUGUAUUGCUGCCUGCCGCCGCCGCCUGCUUCAGUCCGUGUCGUCGCGCAACGAAACGCUUCAAGAAUCGUGCCAGGCGCUGUCUUCAGACAGUGCCAACGCCAGUGAAGCGCUCCGCGCCGCAUAUGUUUGCAACCAUCAGCUAUGCGGCGUUCAAAACCGCACCGACCGCGGCCAAGAUCGUGGGUGCCCUGCCCCCGGGCGGAAUGAGAGCCGUCACGCCGGGUUCGGGGGAGCUGACACUUCAUGCCGACACGUUUCCAGCCAAUGUCAACUGGCUCAUUGACACUUGCUCAAGGCUUGGACAAUAUUCCCUGACAGAUCCUGGACCUCCGCCUGCCAUAUUCAGCAAGAAAUCAACGCCCGCAAAUGAACAGGGUCCGCAUCCAUGCGGCCGACAAACGCCUGCAGCCUCCAUCAAGUCAGAUGGGCCCUAUUCCCAGAGCCUACUCAAGCGUCUUCUGGCAAAAGUCGAGAGCAGAUAUUCACCUGAUAUGGCCGGGCUGCAGCCUGCGAGUGCCAGCAUCACCACUCCCUCGUCUGCAUCCUCGGCAAUAGCGGGCGGUCCCAUAAGGGAUCCGUCGCUCGCUGCCGGCUUGCAUCCACCUGCUGUCAUAAUCGCCGCGAGCCGUGGCAGCCGUGACACCGGCCUCUCCAUCGGUGCCAAGAUUACCAUUGCUCUAUCGACCGCCGCGGUGCUCUUCAUCCUCGCCAGCCUCGUCCUCGUGUGGUAUCUGCGAUUCAGGCGGCAGGCUCGCCGGGCCCGACUUCAUGGCGACAGCAACAGCAGCAGCAAGGACGACCAUAGCCGAAUCGGGGCGCACGGGUCCCCGAUGCCCCUACUGUCCGCUGCGCCCAGGUUAACAAAUCCGAGUGACUCGCCGCUGAGGCCACCUGCGCGACUGCGAGACCGCCGGUUCCUCGCAAGAGGAAGCAACUGGCCACUCAGCGAUAUGGAUGAGUUUCCGCAGGGCAUCGUCACGGGUAAUGAGGACAUGCCUACAUCGCCAGGAGUAAGGAAACACAGGGCUCGACCAAGUUCUUUAAAGACGGGGGCCAGGUCUCUCAGAGUGGCCACGUCCAGAGGCACUGCGACGACUGGAACAGGCACGGUGCGAUAUGGCAACGUUGCAUCGCCACCCCAGACACCCCGAACGCCGCGACAGCAAACAUCAUUGGACCUUUUCAGCAUCGCGAGUCCUGGUCCGCCACCGACAAGGGCGCUGCCUUCGACACCGACGGAGCGGAGCCCGUCAGUCAGUCCGUCGACGAGACGCCAGCGGGAGGGCAUCGGUGUGGCCAUCGGGUCAUGGUCGCAGACACCCGGAGGGUCACGCGAGCUGCUGCUCGAGCUUAUGGAGGAGCCAGUGCAGGAGGCACACCGCAGUUGGGGAACAUGGAGCGGGCGCAGCGGACCAGGGAGCGUCGGCAUGGCUCCAUCGUCUGUCGUGACCUCGACGCGAACAAGAGAGCUUAAUAGCCCCGUCAUGGACGAGGGGGAACUCGAGCGGCUAGGUGGUACGUACAAGUGAGUAAUGAGGAGGAAGGGAGAGAGGGUGCCGAUGAUGAUGACGGUCACGCAUAGUAAUGGGCAUGAGCAGCGAUACCUGACUUGAUUCUUUAAUUGAACGACACUUGGUGAUGAUGCCAUCUGCGGAUC